GCCACUGGGGUGUCUGCCAUUAGAAGAAAUAGGUUACAUGUAUUUUAGGGCUCUUAAAAGUAGAGGACUAGUCGUAACAGACGAUGAGCACGAUUUCAGACCAAAGAUGUGUGAGAUACAUAUUGACAUGCAUAGCUUCUGCGUACGAGAAGCUCAAAAAGAAGGUCUUUUAUGUGCAGCAAAUACUCAACAGUGUAUUGGAUGGUCAUUAGACAUACUUGCAAAUUCCUGUCGCUGGUUAAGUUUACGCUCACAUAGUUUGGACUAUCAUGUGUUGUUUAGUUCAAAUAUUCCUCGCUCUCUUUUCGUCUUUCAGGGAGGUUUUGAAAGGUUUAUACCUUUGAAACAUUUAAGAAUUUUAGAUUUGAGUAAAUCUAUAAUACUCAAAAGAGUGUCAUUAUUGCCCUUAAGGAAUUUAGUUUUUUUAAGAUAUCUUUCCAUACCACAGUGGUUUGAGAGUUUUGAUGAUGUAGUAUUAAGUAAUUCAAAUUUGCAAACACUUACUGUUUCUGGAAUUGAUGAAUCAACACUUGGAGCACGUACUCUUCAUUUAUUGCCAUCCAAAACUUGGGAGCUGCAACAUUUAAGGCAUCUCAAAUUUGGGGAUAUGUAUAUGAUAGAUCCCCCGAACAUGGUUAUAGAGCAUUUGCAAACAUUAGUUUGUGCAAUGCCAAUUCAUUUGAGGAAAAAAGAAGUGUACUAUUGCAGGUUUCCAAGCAUAAGAAAACUGGAAGUUGUGUAUAAAGACGUCUUAGUGCCUGGUUGCAGCGGGGGGCGAUGUUGCAGAAAUCCUAUCAUCAUUCUGGAGAAUUUUGAAGAUUUAUUGAGGUUGGAAACUCUAACGGUUAUGGUUCCAGUUGGUAGUAUAACCCUUUUAGAGCGGGUUGGUUUUCCUGCAAAAUUGAAGAAGUUGAGGUUGAGUGGGACUAAUUUUCCAGUGAAGGUUUUAACGUUAAUUGGGCAGUUACCUAAGCUUAAGGUGCUGAUACUAGAGAAUGCUUUCUAUGGCAGAGUAUGGGAAGUGGUUGAAGGAGGAUUCCCUGAAUUAAAAGAGUUGGAGGUUGAAGCCAGAAAUCUUGAGCAAUGGGUAGCCAAUACUAGUAAUCAUUUCCCAAAGCUCAAGAAGAUAUUCUUAAAACAUUGUUAUUCUCUAGAAGAGAUCCCUCCUACAAUUGCAAAAAAGACCUCUUUGUGGUUAAUUACGUUAGAACAAUGUCCUCCUUCUGUUGUCACUUCUCUACGAGAGAUGGCCGUACGUUACAAUAUUGUUGACCGCAAGAAUUUGUGGUAUUCAGACACGGAAGAAUUAGAAAAAUCAGAAGAAGAAGACCAGGAAGAAUAAGAAGAGUAUGAUGAAUGGCAGUAGGAAGGGGAAGAAGAAGAUCGAAGAGUAUGAUCCAACAGAUAAGGAAGAGUCACAAGAAGGAUAUGAUGUAAUAGAUCUAAGAGACUAUCAAUGGUUCAUUUUUGUUUACACUUUUCCUCU